UGGGGGUGGGGUUAGGUGGCUGCAGGGGUUCUUGGGGGGGGGGGGUCCUGGUGACAUCCGGAGACACAGACAACCCUUCAUUUGGGAGUUCUAGGCAGCCCCCCAGUUCCAUGGGAUUGUCGGUUCUCUAGGGCUGGCUUUUUCUGUGGCUUGUAUUUUGGGGGCCAAGGGCAUUAUCCCUGAGGAGUUACUCUCUGCCCUUGUCCCUAAGCCCCAUUGCCCUCUCGUCCUGCCUCCCUAAAGGCCCAGACCCUGAGGACAGUGUGUCCCUGGCUGUGAGCACUGCAGCUAAGGCCUUGUCUCGUUCCUCCCUCGCAGCAGCAGGCCAGGUUGGGUGGGGUAGUAAGUACCCAGUUAAGUGGAGGUGAAGGCUGUGAGAUGCACUCUGCUGCUCAGAAACACAGAGGUAUGUGCCACUGGCGAGAACGGGUCUGGACUGCACCCCCAGAGCUGCCUCCCUGCUGGCUGGACUCCCUGCACUGAGCCUCAGUUAGCCAAAGAGCAGUGGCACCACGCCAGCUAUUUCUUGGGGCAGGAUGGGGGGUCAAAUUCCAGACCCUGCCAGCCCCUCCACCUGCAGAGGCCCCAGGUCUCCUUCCGUAUCCCUGCUCUCUUACCCACACAAUGCAUGAUCCAGGGCUGCCAGAAGUCAUGCUCUUGGCACUCCCCUCUGCUGUGCCAUACGGGCACAGGGGAGUAAUAUUUGAUGCUACAGCGGAAGGCAGUACAGCACUCUCUGCCCCUCUAUCUGGACAGUCUGGAUGGAGGGGUGGCCCGGUCAAAUUUCAGUGGCGUUGGGACCUUGCAGCUGGAGCAAUACUGAUUUAGUAGAGAGGAAUGCUGCUUAACCCCCUCUCCCUCACUGGCUCCAGGGCCUAUGCAACUUUGCGCAAAUGCACAAACCUUGCAGGGGGUGGGAGGGAAGUGUUCACACAUGCCCCGGACUCCUUCCCCCCGUAGACACACACAGUUGGCUCCACAGCAGAGAGCUGGGGCUUAGGAGGCUGUGGUCCUUUAAAAUGCAUCUGAUUCAUUGAUCCCAAUUUGGGACUCCAGCUGCCUAUCCCCCUCUCUCACCUGGUUGAGGAUGGGGGUGGAUGGACCAAAGCUGUGUUGUGCUGUGUGUGCUUGUACACAAGUGCAUCUCCGAGGCAUCCACCUCACGUGGGCAAGAAGUAGGCACUACGGUGCACAAGGACAAGGCUCCCUCCCCUCCUGACAAACCCAGGAACUGCCGUCCACCUGGAAUGGUCAUUGGGUCCAGCCUGUAGGAAAGGAGGCCCCUGAGCUGUGUUUGUGCCCAUAUAGUCUGGACUCUGCUUGCAGCUCCUGGAAGGGAACCAGCCAUAAGAGGCUGGGUCGGUGUCCCUUUGGGGGCCCCCCCUUGGUGAGUGCAUGGCAGUACUUUGGGGCAUGUGCUGGGGCAGGGUCUGCUAGCCCCAGGCAGGGGGUGGGCAUGUGAAUGCAGCCCAGGUGAGGUGAGCUGUGCGCCUGCACGAUGCAAUGUCAGGGCUACUAGAGAGACGGUCUGACCUCAGAGCCUUUUCUUCUGCAGGGCUUAAGGAUACCAAGGAGUUAACCCUGAAAUUUGAAUUCAACCCCAAAGACGGGAUUGAUAACCCAGCCCUGUCACUGGCAGAGGACUCUGAUACAGAAGACGCAGGGAAGCCACGAUUCUACCUGCUGACCAAGGGCGAUGGGGAGAGCUUCGGGUUCUGCCUACGUGAUGAGGUGGGGUACAAGGGGCACAUCAUCCGGCAGGUUGCCUGCGGAGGGAUAGCCCAGCGCAGGGGCCUGCAGGACGGGGACCGGAUCCUGGAGGUGAACGGUGAAUAUGUGGACAACAUGGAGCACUUCAGGGUGGUGCAGAAGAUCAAGGCCAGUGGUAACCAGGUCGCUGUCGCAGUCCUGGAUGGCAAUGCCUACGAAGUCGCAAAAGCCCUCAACAAGAACCUGGCAGAGCUGCUGCUGGGCCACACCAGGCCGCAGCUCUGCCAUGUUGUGAAGGACAAAAGUGGCUUUGGCUUCAGCGUUUCAGCUCCAGAAGGUGUGAAGGGCACGUUCCGGCUGUCCGUGACGAGCGACGGCCCAGCGGAUAAAGCGGGUGUCCCCUCUGACUCCUGGCUGCUCGAGCUCAACGGGGCCAGUGUGAGGAACUACACUUAUGCACGGCUCACCAGGAAGCUCAAGCAGAGUGGCAGCAAAGUGACCCUGCUGGUGAUCGAUGCCAAGUCGGAGGAGUUCUACCGGCUGCAGGGUGUCAGGGUCAUAGCUGCCAUGGCCGAUGCUGCCACGCUGCCCUUCAAGGCCAGGGAACUGCACAUGGUGAAAGGUCCAGAUGGCUAUGGGUUCCUGCUGAAGGAAGAGAAGUGCAGCUCGGGGAGGAUGGGCCAGUUCCUGAGUGAGAUAGAUACCGGGCUGCCAGCUGACAGGGCAGGGAUGAGGGAUAGAGACCGGCUCCUGGCCGUGAACGGUGAGGGCGUGGAGGGGCUGUGCCACCAGGAGGUGGUGGACAUGAUCCGCGCUAGCGGCCACCAGGUGACGUUGCUGGUCAUUGAUCCGGAUGGAGACGAAUUCUACAGCUUGAUGGGGCUGUCCCCGCUACUGUUCUGUGAAGAUGGGCCCCAUUCAUCGGGCACUCACACGGCCCCAGGAUCUCAUCCCAGCAUGCCUCAGCGAAACGGCACGCCCAUUGGCACGCCCCGCCUCUGCCACCUUGACAUGGGGCCGGAAGGGUUCGGAUUCCAGCUGCAGACCAUCACUGACAAGCCGGGGGUCUUUAUCACGCAGGUGGCCGGGGGCAGCGCCGGGAAGCGAGCAGGCCUGAAGGAGGGGGACAUGGUGAUUGAGGUCAAUGGGAGCAAUGUGGAGCAGGAGAGCUACAAAGAAGUGCUGGGGAGGAUAAAGGAGAGUGGCCAACAGCUGACGUUGCUGGUGGUGGAGCAGGAGGUGCUCAGGAGCUACAGGGAGAUGGGCCUCGCUAUCACGGCUGUUGUGGCAGAGGGCGGAGAUGCUGCUGCCAGGGCCAAGGCCCUGUUGGGUUCUAGGCAGGGGCCACGGUGUGAGGACUGGAAGGGACUGAGCCAGUCAUUCUAGCCACUCUGUGCUGGACCCGUGGGCUCAGUGCAAUCCCAGCUCUGGAGCGGCUUCAAACCAUGGCGCAGACCAAUCCUGGACAUGCGAUUUUGCACGCACAAUAACUUGCACUUUGAUUCUUUCCUUGAUUUGAUUUCCUGGUGAGCUGCUGCACCAAUCAGCUGAUCUUGGGACUUUAAAGCUGCCAUUUCUCCUGUGAUUUGGUCUCAGAGAUUAAGGGCAGGCCCAGUGUGGGAGCAGGGACCAGAACAGGUGAGGUCAGUGAAAUAAGGAGGUCUAGGGGCCUGCACCUAAGGGAAACCAAUCACCCACCUGGCUGAGGCUUCACACUGAUUUUUUAUUAACGGACAGAGUGGCACUAUGUGUAACGGAAGGACAAUCUUGUCUCUUCACCCCUUUUGCUGAUAGCACUGGCUCUGCCAAGGAGCUGUACUUGGGGGCGCUGCAACAGAGCAUGGAGGUUUAGAGACAGUAAAGUUGCUGCAUGGGGUCCUAAUUGUGGCUUUUACAAGUUAACCUCCUCAGCUGCAUAGUUUGAAGAGAUGCUGAGGUUAGGGGCAGUGAAACCCUGCCUGCUGAGAGGUUGUGGUCCAUGGGCUGGGGAGGAAGGGGUGCAAUGGACCGGGCUCUCUGUUAAGAAUGAAGAACUAUCUGGGGGAGGAAUGGCAGGCGGGGUCAGCAGUUGCAUGGCACGCAGGGGCCAGGGCCCCGAACAGUUACUCCCUUUGCCUGGCGCCUGACCCCCAUGGUGUAAGUUCCCAACUAGCUGAGGAUCUGGCCCCUUGUGUUCUGCUGCGCAU